AUGGCUACAGUACUGGCUGCUCCGCCACUGGCGCCUAAACCUAUCGUUGCUUGGUCUUCGCCGCUCUCCUUCAUGGACAGCAAAGAGACCCGGCCUGCUCUGAAGCAGCUUCAACAGUCUGCACCUCCUUCUCGAUCACGGAAGGAGCGACCUUGCGAUGGCUGCCGGAGGCGAAAGAGCAAAUGUGUGCUCCAAGACUCCGGCCGAUGUGUGCUAUGUGAGUUCCACAAGCAAGAGUGCACCUUCGUCGAGAAAGCACAGCCACGCAAGCGCAAGGUCGAUGAUGGCACGGACGCUGAACUUACUCCGACAAGGCCAGUGGCCACUCCAACAGUUGGCUCCGCUCGCGCAGAGCCACAGCACCAUACAAACUCGAUAGAGCGUCUCCCAUCAAACCAGGCAUCUGUACCGUUGAGGAGACCCUUCGCUGUCGAUGAAAGCCUGAGCCUGCAAAGACAUCGCCAUUGCAAACUCCUGGGACAAACGACAGCUCUAGACUCUUCGCUGAUUAGACUCGGCUCUUUCAACGAGAAGAAUGAAACGCAGUCGCGGCAUGGCAUUCUCCGGCAAGUCAAUUGCAACGAGUACUUUAGCAUACACGCAGAUGCCGACGUUCAAAUCCCGGACGACGAGGCACGAGCGCUUGCGGAGAUUGAACGCAUCGUAGGACCGCAUGAGCCAGCCUUGAUUGACAUCUACUUCCGCAACGUGCAGCCUAGCUAUCCCAUCAUCCAGGAGCAAGCUUUUCUAGACCGGCACAGACAUGGUGACAAGCAGUUCAACCCGCCGUUGCUGGCAGCGAUGUAUUUACUUGCACUAUCAUGGUGGGAGCAGGAUCCUGAGCUGGCCAAACACACAAAGCCGGAUGUAGCAAGGCUGGAGUAUAUUGCCGUAACCGCCUUGACGGUAGCAAUGCAGCGGCCAAAGAUCUCAGCAGUACAAGCGGGCUUGUUAUUGCUGCAGCGAGCUAAAUCUAGCACAUGGACUUUGACCGUGCAGCUUGUCGCCCUAGGGCAGGACAUAGGCUUGCACCUUGACUGCUCGAGUUGGUCGAUACCAGUUUGGGAGCGGCGCUUGCGCAAACGCCUUGCUUGGGCACUUUACAUGCAGGACAAGUGGAGUGCUGUGAUGCAUGGCCGACCCUCACAUAUCAACCCGGCAGACUGGGUUGUACAGCAACCGACUGAGCAGGACUUUGACGAAAGCAUCGAUCCCACACUAACGCGAGUCCAGGAGGUAACAGAACCUCAGUUAGCCCAUGGUCGAACGGUUUUCAUGCAGAUGAUCAAACUCACCGGCAUCAUGGCAGAAGUCUACGAGACUUUCUACUCGGAGACAGCUAAAGCUGAUUACGCUCGCGCUGGACGGUUCGCCACGCAACUCGUGCUGAACCGUGCCAAACCGGUGCAGAUCAAGCUGAAGGAGUGGUUUGCUAAGCUACCGACUGAGUGCAAGAUGGACAAUUAUACAGCAGGAGAGCUAUCGUCCACUGGCUAUCUGCACCUUGGCUACUUCGCCGCCGAGAUCAGCAUCCAUCGGCGUAUUGUACAAUCACUGGACACCAAGCAUGCUGAGCCGUAUUUGCUUUACAUUUGCAGAUCCGCGGCCAAGACACGUCUCAUAAGCGCCAUGGACUUCGUCAACCGGCUCAAGCCCGAGCAUCUCCACGCCUUUUGGUACUUCCCCUCUACAAACAAUUUUGCACUGAUAGGCACAUUUGGGGCAUUAUUGCAAGCUACGAGCCCGGGAAGAGAGGAGGCGGCUUUUUACGCUAGCAGACUGCACGAGUAUCAGUGGACGCUCAGCAUGAGUGCGAAGAAGGCGCACUGGAUACAGGGCGCGCUGGACAUGCUGGAAGCGAAUGGUGACAUGCUGAAGGCGCUGCCAGAGAAGCCG